AUGGUCGCCGACGCAGUCAUAUACCACCCAUCGGUGUCUCAUUUCAAUCGCUUUGUCGCGACGACAGGUAUAGCCUCUGGUACCCUCUCCACCAUCGCUUCAAUGCUCACACAGUACAGUCGGCCGCGACAAGACUCUUAGAACGAUCCAAUACUUCUCCCGCUUCCUCGCCUGGUACCUCUACCGCACCAACCACCCCACCUCCACCAUCGCUCCCUUCGAAGCGCUUAAGAAGAACUUCUCCACCGUCCGAAAAGCCAUGCGAAUCGGCAAAUUCGUCGAACAUCUCAAAGCAGCUGCCGUAGCUGCCGAUGCGAAGAGCAUGGACCCAGUCCUCAAGUAUCUCGCUAUUGGCAGACAGGUGGGAUACGCGCUCUAUCUUGCUCUAGACACGGUGUGCUAUGUGGAUCAGAGUGGGGUGUACAAACUGUCUGGCGAAGGAGGGAAGAGAUUGCAGCGGGAAGCUUAUAGGGCUUGGUGGGUUGGUCUGGUCUGUAAUGUUGCUGCAGGCGGGUAUACGUUGUAUAAUUUGCAGCAGAUUGCGAAGAAGCAGCAGAGUGAGACUGAAGAUGCGGAGAAGAAGGUUGAGGAGAAGAAAUUGGAGAGGUAUGUCCACAUUGCAUUACCAGAUGGGCGGUGUGAGAGCACUUGUGCUAAUGAUGCUUUGUGGUUUUAGGGAACGAGCGGCUACGCUGCUACAACUCCUCUCGGACCUUUGCGACUUGACGAUUCCUACGUCUGCCAUUGGACUGAUGGACUUGGAUGAUGGAAUCGUGGGACUGGCAGGUACCGUCAGCUCUUUGAUUGGGCUGCGGGCCGCUUGGGCGAAGACUUCAUAA